AUGAGGUCGGUUGUGGCUAUCGGUCUGCUAUGCCUAGCGGCGGCGUGCGCCAGGGAGUUGGGUGAGGAGGAGAAGGACCUGGUCGCGGCGGCCAGCGGCAAGUCCCAUCACCACGAGGAAGGAGGUGGCAAGGAGCACCACGGCCAUCAUCACCACGAGCACGGUGAAAAGGGCCACAAGGGGCACAAGGGACACCACCAUCACCACAAGGGCGAGCACGGUGAUCACGGCAAACAUCAUCACGCCGGUCAUCACCACGAGCACGGUGGCGGACACAAGAAGCACUGGGACGAGCACGACCACCACGGCCAUCACCACGAGAAAGGCCACCAUCACAAGGGAGGCAAACACGGGCACCACGAGCACCACGACAAGGGAGAGAAGACCGACGGCUACCACAAGAAGUACCACAAGGACCACUUCCACAAGGACCAUCACUUCUACGACGAUCACCACAAGGAGGGCAAGCACCACAAGCACGGGGACCACCACGGUCAUCAUCACAAACACGGGGGCGGUCACAAGAAGGGCGGACAUCACGAGAGCGGCCACCACGAUCAUCAUCACGGCAAGAAGGGUCAUCACGACAAGCACCACUACGACGAGGAUCACCACGGCCACAAAGGUCAUCACGGUCACGAGGAGCAUCAUCAUCAUCAUCACGACCAUGGCAAGAAGGGCGGCCAUCACGAUCACAAAGACUGGGGCUUCCAUCAUGGAAAGCAUUGA